GCGGGCGGGCGGGCGGGCGGCGCUGAUUGGCGCCGCCGCUUCCGGCGCGCGCGGUUGCUAGGGGGAAGCGGCGGCGGCGGCGGCGCGGCAUGGGCGGCCCGGCGCUGGGCGUGGGGCCCGGCGUGCUGGUGCUGGCGCUGCUCUGGGCCCUGGCGCUGCUGCUCUGCCUGGCGCUGGCCCGCGCGUCCGGCCCGGCGCGGCUCGCCGUGGGGCUGGUGCCGCUGGGCGCCGCGCUGCUCAGCGCCGCGCUGCUGCUCUUCCCGCGCGAGGCCGAGCGCCCGGCGCCGCCCGCCGACCUCCAGAUCGUGGACACCUUCUUCAUCGGCCGCUACGUCCUCCUCGCCGUCCUCAGCCUGGUCUUUCUCGGAAGCCUCUUCCUCAUCCUGAUUUACCACAUCGCCGAGCCGGUGUACGCCAAACCGCUGCGUCCCGGCUAGCAGCAUCCGCAGGGAGCAGCCGCCGCGCGCCGGCACGGGCACCGCCUCGCCAGGGCGGCAUCCGCAGAGGCCUCCGCAUCCUCUGUAGGAAUUCGCUUUCUCUUAUACCCCUAUUUUCCACGUGCACAUUCUGUAGAGAGAUGGAAAACUGUCACUGGGCUGGAAGGAGAUCAGAGCCAAACAGCUGUAGAACAGAAACGGGAUGAGAAACCUUUCCAGGAUGAGAUUUCGGUAGUUCCAGGUGGUGGCCAGCUGCAGAGCGCUGCACCGAAUGCUCGUCUAAAUUUGUCUCUGCUUUUAGCUAGAUUUUUCUCUGCUUUAGCUUUUAGGGAGAUGCCAAAGAUAAAAAGGGAGCCGAAAUCAAAGAUCCAGCCGUGUCUGCUUGAACGAUGGGUAUUCAAAGUUUGGGUUGGUUUUGGUUAAUGUUCCCUCUGCCCCUUUUAAUAAUUUUUAGCAACUGAGGGAUUUUUCUUUUUUUCUCCCCCUUCGGCAGCAAGGUAAAUCCUCGAGAAGAGGAAAUCCCACAUUCAUGGCAAUAAAACAGGAAGGCGAACGGGAGCCUCUGCUAAAGCUGAACGCUUCUGUUUUUCGGCGCUUAGAAAGAGCCAGUGCGGCCAGCGAAGUGUGGUGCUCUGCGGGCUGCAACGGUCUUUUCAACCUCUCUCGUUCUGGGUACGGGAGAAAUAAAAUCCGUGGACUCCUUUGUACUGCACUUGAUUUAAUGAGCUGCCCUGAGCGGAUCCGCAAGGAUUGGUUUGUUAUCCCUCCUUUUUCAUGUAAGCUUAAGACUAAUAAAACUCUCUAAGAAA